AUUAAUAACAAAUCAACUUUUUUAGGUAUUAUGAUAUAAUAUACAGUACUAGAGUGUUGUCAAUCCCACUAGUAAGAUGUGAUGAUCAAGUAUUUAAUGAAGUUAUUAAACAAGAAAAUAUUGACUCUCAAGUAUUUAAUGGAGUUAUUAAACAAGAAAAUAUUGACUCUCAAGUAUUUAAUGGAGUUAUUAAACAAGAAAAUAUUGACUCUCAAGUAUUUAAUGGAAUAAUGAAACAGGAAUAUAUUGGUAAUCAAGUGUUUACUGGAAUGAUAAAACAGGAAACUAUUGAAGAAGGAGACCAUCACAAUGAUAGUCAAUUAUUACAAAAAGGAACUAAAACUGAAGAAAAAAGAAGCACAAGUGAUACCGAAAUUAAAGUAGAAAAAGAUUUUAUUGAUCAUUAUGUAUUUGAGGGAACAUCAGUCAUAAACGAAAGCAACUCUUUAAAAUGUAUUACUCGUAUGAAUUUGGACUUGACAUCUAACUGCUUAAAGAAAAAUCAAUUAACUGAUAACCAGGAUGAAAUGUCUACAGCAUCUAAUUUAAUUGUGCACACAAGAAUACACACUGGAGACAAGCCGUAUAAAUGUGAUAUGUGUGAUAAAUCCUUUUCUCAGUUAAGUAAUCUAAGAAAGCAUACUAGAACACAUCCUGGCGAAAAGCCGUUUAAAUGCGAUCUCUGUACUCAUGCUUUUUCCCAUAAAGGUGAUUUAACAAAUCAUACAAGGACACAUACAGGGGUAAAGCCAUAUAAAUGUGACAUCUGUAAUCAAGCUUUUUCGCAGAAAACUGCUUUAAAAAGUCAUAUCACGAUCCAUACCGGCGAAAAGUCUUAUAAAUGUGCUAUCUGCGAUACAGGGUUUGCUAGAAAACCAUAUUUAAUAUCGCAUAUUAUAAGGAAGCAUAACGGAGUAAAGCCAUAUAAAUGCGAUAUCUGUAAUCAAUCUUUUCCCCAGAAAGGUGAUUUAACAAGUCAUACAAGGACACAUACUGGAUUAAAGCCGUAUAAGUGUGAUAUUUGUGAUAAGGGGCUUGGUUCAAUAAGUAAUUUAAUAACGCAUACAAGAACACAUACUGGUGUAAAGCCGUUUAAAUGUGAUAUUUGUGAUAAGGGGUUUGUUUCAUCAAGUGAUUUAACAAAGCAUACAAGGAUACAUACUGGAGUAAAGCCGUAUAAGUGUGAUACUUGUGAUAAGUGGUUCGGUUCAUCCGGUGAUUUAAGAAGGCAUACAAAGAUACAUACUGGUGUAAAGCCGUAUAAGUGUGAUAUUUGUGAUAAGUGGUUCGGUUCAUCCAGUGAUUUAAGAAGGCAUACAAAGAUACAUACUGGUGUAAAGCCGUAUAAAUGUGAUAUUUGUGAUAAAGCUUUUUAUGAAAAUACAUAUUUAAAACGCCAUAAAAUGAUACACCAGAAAAGUCUUUAAAAAUGCCACAUAUUCAAGACACAUACAAUUUUAUAUUAUUUAUUAAUUAUGGUAUGUGGUUAUAUAUCUGUGGAUGUAAUUCAAGAUUGAAGAUUAAUAAAUAAUUAUUAUUAUUGUGAUUCUAGUUUAUAAUAUUAAAUAACUAUAUAUAAUUUA